AUGCCUCAGAUCAAAGUUGGUGACUACCUGUUCCGCCGUCUCCACGAGCUCGGCAUCCGCUCAGUCUUUGGCGUCCCAGGAGACUACGAACUCGCCCUCCUGGAUCUCGUCACUGACAACGACCUCGCCUGGAAAGGCAACCCCAACGAACUCAUCUCUUCUUAUGCUGCAGAUGGCUACGCUUGUGUCCGCGUCGCAGGAGCUUUUGCCACCACCUUUAUCCCUGGUGAACUCUCAGCCUAUUGCGGUAUGGCUGGCCACUACGCGGAAUUUGUUCCUGUUGUGCAUAUCUUUGGCUACCCAACUAUUGAUGCCGUUCCCAACAAGAGAAUCAUGCAUCACAGUCUUGGCAACGGGAAGUUCGACAUGUAUGAGAACAUGGCCAAGAACAUCACCGCUGCGACUGUUGUGAUCAACUAUGCACCUACUGCGGCCCGGGACAUCGAUGAAAUGCUUACUAUUAUGAUGCACGAAAGUCGGCCAGUCUAUAUCGGGCUCAGCGUUGAUAUUGCGUACGAAAUGAUCGAUGCUGAGGGUCUCAACGUCCCUAUUCCUACUGAGCUGCCCCCCAACGAUCCAUCUAUCGAGGAGACUGUUAUUGAAGAAAUCAGAAAUUUGAUGGAGAGAUCGAAUACCGCAGCUAUUAUUGUUGACGGAGGCUAG